CCUUCCAUUCCCCAAAUGGCCGUCUCUCUCCUCCCCGCUCCCCACCGCUCCUCGCUCCCUCGCCGCCGCUCCAGCCGCCGAGAGGAGAGAUCGAUCCCUUCACGGCAGGCGCUCCACCGCAAUCUUCUCCAUUAGGGCCGGCGACGGAGGUACGGGGAGGAGGGUUUUGGUGUGUUCCCUUGGUUGGGAGGGUUCUUGGGGUUUGGGUGUAUGGACCCAAUGCCGACUCUGGUCAAGGAGGAGGAGGAUGGCCAUGGGACAGGCGAAUCGCCGGGGGCCACGGCGGCAUCGAGGCCGGUGAAGGGGCUGCGCGAUGCCAGGCCGUCGCUGUUCCUGACAAAGACGUACGACAUGGUCGAUGACCGGAGCACCGACGACGUCGUGUCGUGGAGCGCUGGCAAUAACAGCCUCGUCGUGUGGGAUCUGCACCACUUCUCCACAGUGCUGCUGCCGAGGCACUUCAAGCACAGCAACUUCUCCAGCUUUGUCAAGCAGCUCAACACCUAUGGUUUCAGAAAGGUGGAUCCUGAUCGAUGGGAGUUUGCCAAUGAGGGUUUUCUACGGGGACAGAGGCACCUUCUGAAGAACAUCAGACGUCGAAGACCUCCCGCUAAUACUGCUUCAAAUCAGCAAUCUCUUGGAUCAUACCUUGAGGUGGGACACUUUGGAAAUCAUACAGAUACCGACCAGCUGAAAAGGGACAAGCAACUAUUGAUGGCAGAAGUGGUGAAGCUAAGGCAGGAACAGCAGAGCAUGAAAACGCACCUGAAAGGCAUGGAGGAGAGGCUACAUGGAACCGAGCGGAAGCAGCAGCAAAUGACAGCAUUCCUGGCACGUGUCUUCCAGAAACCUGAAUUAUUGAAGCAACUGAUUUCCCUGAAUGGGGUGAGGAAGGAGCUCCAUGACGCUAUGUCAAAGAAAAGGAGGCGUAGCAUCGGUCAGGGUCCUGAAGCUGAUGACAUGGGUGCUAGUGGCAGCCUGGAGCAAGAGUCACCUGUUCUGUCUGAUCCCCAUGAGUCAGUGGAACUUCUUGGAGAGGGGUCGGUGGAACUCCUUGCUGACGGCGUCCCAUCUGAGCUGGAAAGUUCGACAGCACUCCUUGCUGAUGGGAUCCCACCUGACCUGGAAGGUGCGGCGGAACUCCUUGUUGAUGUGAUUCCAUCUGAUCUCAACGACUCAGGCGUCGACACUAACGGUGUAAAGCCACAGGAUUUUGGUCUCGGUACCUGUGAAGUGCAGCAGAACAGAGCCCAGGGGGCGUUGCAUGAUGAUUUCUGGGAGGAGCUGAUGAGCAGAGCACUCAGCGGUGAGGAUGACAACCCGGUUAACGUGGACGACAUGGAUGUGCUGUCUGAGAAGACGGAUUUUCUCGUCCCAAACAAUGUGCGGGGAGCAGUGGCCCGUGAACCGGCGGGGCAACGCUACGGGUGGCACAACUUCUGCGUCGACAAUGCCCUCAACGUCGCCUGCCUACUCGCGCGCUCCGGGACCGUCCAGUUGCCACUGCUUUGAUGAUGAUCCAUGCCGGCAUCUCGCGGUGAGGACAGCCCAGUGCUGAACGUCGAGUUGAGCAAGCAAGGCGGCGCCGUUCUUCGGUGAUUGAAUGGUCCGCGCGGACGUGUCCUUUCUUGAGCGUCGGUUUGGAUGUAUAAAUUGGAUCUUGAAAUGCUUUUCAUUAUCUAAUGCUGUAUGUAUAACAUGCAGUCCUCUUGCAUGGUUGGUUUGAACAAAAACUGUUCUAUGGAUGAAAUGCUUUUGUUGUCUAAUCUGCAGAGCUGCUUACCAUCGA